CAGAUAUUCCUCUCUGUCAGGGGUUCUCCAUUCUUUUCUCUUUUCUGUUUCAGCUUUUCAAAGAUUAACCACAUCUAACUCCUCUCCACCAAACAUUAACUGGAAUGAAAAAGAUAAGAGAAGACUAGAAUGUUUGAUGGAGCAAACUUUGACCAAGUUAUAUCAUGUCCUCCUCUACCCCUGCAGUCACUUUUCACUGUAGCUGGACUGAAAACACACCUGGCUGUAAACUGCACUGACAGGACCUCCUCUGUAUUUGGGGCUGCCUCAGGAAUGAGUUAAAAACUGAAGAUUAACCACAGAAACCACUUUGUCCACUGACAAGACGACAGUAAUCCCAGUUAAAGUAGGAGUGUGUGUUCUGAGAUGCAGCAUUCAGGUAGUUUAGAUUGUCUGAGUCCUGCUGAGUUGAGGCUGUUAAUCAGGCAGAAGGACUCCAGGAUAAGAACCACGGCGGGAUUAGCUGAUGAAUUGUGGAGGAGACUGAGGAGAUGGAAUGCGUCUGAAUUCUGAUUCUCCAAGAGGACAGAUGAGUGGACAGCUGAUGGUGCGCUACAUGAGCUGAAGCUUUGCGGAUGACAGCAUGUGUGGCUCUGGUGUCUGACGUCAUCAAGGCUAGUGUGAUUUUAUCCACAAACUGUUUUUGAUGUUGUUUUGCUUAUGUACACAUAUGUUUAUUUCUGAUAUUGGGGACACAUAUUUAGUUUGUUCACAUAUCGGUCCACAGUGUUUCCUUUAGUUUGGGGUUGAUGAAGCACAUCUGUAUACAUAGAGGGGAUGUUUCACUUAUUGGAGAGGAAGCUUGGCAACAGACUGACCAUCUGAGGCAUUUAUUGGUUAGUGGAUCAUUAGUGAUUUAGAGGAUUGUUGAACAUUUGUAGAGAGGCUGAUUUGGCUUGGAGGCUGUUGAGUGCAUGAUGUCAAAGAUGGACUGUGAAGUUAGGAGAGUGAUUACGCCGGUUGAUGUAGUCCAAAGGAACAAUCUGCUUGUUGAAGGUAUUGCAGAGAUGUCAGGGAAGUGGAGCAAGCGAUGGCCUGAUGUCGACCGACCUUGGCCAGUACAGGGGACUCUCAAUCCUGAUGUGAUAGAGACGAUGCAGGUGCUGGUGUCCACCCAUGAAGCAGGCCAGAAGAGAGGGAAGAAAGGAUGGAGAUGCAUGGAGAAGAGACGGAUGGAGCUGGGUAUGCUGAAGUUGUUUGAAAAUGAAGGACAGAAGUUGUUGAAGGCUGUGAAGGGAAGGAGAGAGCAGAAGGUCGAGGCAGGAGAGCAGCUAGUGGAGAAGAUUGAUGCACCUUUCUCACAUGUGGCUUCGAUGAAGAAGCCCCCACCUAAUGAGAAGGAGGUGAAGUUUGCUGAUGUUUAUCCUCAGCUCCCAGUGCUUAGAAAGGGGGGUGACUGUUGCAUCAGAGAUGAGGCUGUUGGAGGAUAUGAUCCAGUAGUGGGAAGGAUUUUGGCUAAAGCAGAGAAGAGAGGUGAUGAGAGAGUGCAGAGAGGAGGUCUAGGAGAGGAGGAGACUGAUGAGAGUGAGGAUGGAGACAGUGAUGAAGAUUCUGAGAGUGAGAGACAGUGGGUUUUAAGAGAAGUUGAGAGUAGGAGAGGAAAGGUGUCAGAUAAGAUGUGUCCAGUGGUUGUUAGAGGCCAGAAUCUGGAAUACAAGCCUUGGCAGAAUACUGAUGUGUCAGAUAUACUUGAGCAGUUGCAGACUCUUCAAGAUGGGGCAUAUCCUUGGAUUUCGAAGCUAGAGGAGGUCCUAGUGGGAACACAACCUGCCAUGGGAGAUAUUAAGCGACUCUUAGCUAGUCUCCUGGGUGUUCCUGUGAUGGAGGAGAUCCUACAACAGGUGGGUCUUAACAGAUAUGUGGCAACUGUGGUGAAUGAUGCAGAUCUCUUUGCUGCAAGUAGAGGUAGGAUGUGGAGAGCACUGAGGGAUACGUUCCCAACGAACAUACAUCCGGAUAAUAUUUUGGUUGAGCCACUGGGUCCAGAGGAGAAUCCGAGGGCCUAUGUGUGGGGGGCUCAUCAGAUGUGGAGAAAUGUCACAGGAAAUGACCCAGAAGUGAACCAGAUGGAGAAGUUGAUUCUGCGAGGUAAAAUACAGAGGGGGUUGCCCCUACCAGUGAGGAGUAGAUUGGCAGAAGUGGUUUCUCUGGGGAGCAUGACGAGAGCUGCCUACACAGAUCAUGUGGCUCAUCUGGUGGAGCUACACAGGAAGAAGGAGCGUGCUCAGAAACAGCAGGAUGAGGAGAUGCUUAGGAAACCACAUCAGAUGCAGCUGGUGGAAUCUAGGAGAGAGGCUUGUAGUGACUAGUGGUUAGAGAAGUGAGUCUGACUCCUGAGAGCAACAUAUAUCUACAUCCAGUGAAACAGCCAGAGGAUUCUUAUUGUAUGAUAGAUGAUUUUUCAGUAGAGUUUUUAGUGUUCCACUAAGUGUGGAGACAUUACAUAGUUCUCAUAUUUGCAAUACAUAUUGGAAGAUGACUUGGAUACUCAGUCCGUUCCUAAGUUGUUGCUAAGUUUUUGUUAAGUUGGUUGUUAAGUUUGAUGUUUGGGGUGUCACUUAAAAUAGAGAUGUCCAAACCUUAAGGGGAUUUAGUUUGAUCAAAGGGGGGACUGCAAGAUGUCUGAUGAUAAUCUGAUGAUAAUCUGGUAACAAAGUGAACUGCUAUGUAUGAUGUUGUUGGUUGCAAGAUACUGGUGGAUGAUUUGUUUCUUCCUAGAACACUGAGAGUGGCUGUGGUGCAGAGAUUCCUGCAGCCAAGUGGAUUCAGAUGUUCACAUGUGGACAAUGGAAUGGACAAUGAGAAAGGAGGGAGAAUCCUGAAUGAGGACGUUGCAGUGAGAGCAUACUACGACAUCAGAUGCUGCUGCUGAAGAGCGACAGUUUGAUAUAUUGAUGUGUUUUCAUGAUACCAGCAGGCCGGUGUGGUCGUCCUGCCCAAUCAUCUAGCAGAUGACUUUGAAGCCUUCUGUCACAGUAAUCCCGCCCCCUUGCCGCUCCUUUAUCGCAGCCAAUCAGGAGAGACUUCCUGUCCACCUCUGGCUAAACAUGCUGACAUAAGGAGGAGUCUUUCCUUUCUACUCUGGUCAAGUUUGGAAUCCGGAGUGGGAAAACUGCUCACCUGGCCAUGGAGGUGGACGGCUUGACGUUUCACCCCACACACUCUGACAUCAUCAGCAGACUGCUGGAAGUAACACAACGCUCCACCACGCUUGAUCAGCUCCUCCUGAACAUCAGUGUUUUAGAGAGUGAUGUGUGAUGGGAGUGGGUCGUGUACUUUAUGCCAUCAUUGAAAAUCAACUGUUAACUUGCUUUUUCACAUCUGAAUGAAACAGAAUUAACAUUACAAGUGCUGUUUGUAUCAACUGCCAGAAUGUUUGUGUGUACUGUACACAGUAAAUAGUUUGAAAUUAAAGCUACAUUUAAAUAAUA